UUGAUAAUGGUGCACAUGGUAUUGACAACAACUGAUUUAAAAGCUAAAUCCACUUAAAAUCUAAAUUAGGAUAUGCAAUAAUUCUUUUCAUCAAUUUAUUCUGUAGAUUACGUCAUCACAAGGAAUUCAUCCACUAUGUCAACCCUAAAAGUGGAGGCAGACAAGGGUGACAGGAUCUUCCGAAUGUUCUAGUACCUGCUGAACCCUCGUCAAGUCUACAACCUGGCCAAGAACGGCCCCAUGCCUGGCCUUGGCCCGUGGUGGAGAUGGUACCAUUGGAUGGAUUCUUGAUGUAAUUGAUAAAUCCAACUAUGAACAUGUACUUCCUCUCAGCACAGAAAAUGACCUUGCAAGGGGCAUGCUCUGGGGUGGAGACUACGAUGGAGAACAUCUGCAGAUUCUCACGGACAUUGAGAACAGCACUGCAGUUAUGUUGGACAGGUGGAAGAUUGACAUCACUCCCCUAGAUAAAGACGAAGGAGGAGAUCCAGUCCUGUAACAGCAUUGUGAACAAUUACCUCUCUAUUGGUGUGGAUGCAUCCAUCACUCAUCGAUUCCACAUUAUGAGAGAGAAACGAGAAAAGUUGAACAGCAGGAUGAAGAAUAAGCUUUGGUACUUUGAGUUUGGCACCUCGGAAACCUUCUCAGCAACUUGCAAGAAGCUGCAUGAUUAUCUUGAGGUGGAGCGUGAUGGUAUCACCCUGAACCUCAGCAACAUCUCAUUGGAGGGCGUCGCCAUCUUGAAUAUUCCCAGCAUGCACAGCGGUUCCAACCUAUGGGGAGAGAGCAAGAAACGGAGGGGUCACCGUAGAACAGGGAAGAAGUUUCCAGAAAAGAAGACCACAAUUGUUGACCCCAAACAUCUAAUUUUUGCUAUCCUAGACGCCUCUGACCAGCUGCUGGAGGUGGUGGGGCAGAUCUACACGGGUCUGAAGAGCUCUGGCAGACGUCUGGCCCAUGUUCCUCCAUCAUUAUCAGCGGAGGACAGUGACAGCCAAUGGGAAGCGGGGCGCCGGCUGUUUCUGAAGGGAGGCCCCUGAAGCAGCGAGCGC